UCACAGGGCGAUUAACGUUUCUUAUUGGUCCCGCGAGCAGAUGGAGGAGUCCUAAUGAGCUGGCUCGCGGAGAGAAAGAGCAGGGUUGACAUCUCGGCUGGACCGUAAACGUGAAAUACCUCGUAGAGCCCUGGUCUCCGCCGCCUCACUAUACAGACCGUACCGUGGCCGCGGGAGACGGCCGUCUGCCUGGGUUCCCUUCUCUCCCCCCUCCGCCUUCACCUCCUCUUCCUCCUCGCAGCUUCUUCCUCCUCUCCCUGACUUUUUUUGGGUUUUUUUUUGACUGCAUGUUCAGCCACACUGCCUCCGUCUGCAUCUUCACUUCGGCCCCGCCGCAGCCCGGGCGAGCAUGGACAGUCGGGUACUCGAGCAUCCUCACGCCCAGUUCGGAGGCUCCUUGGGCGGGCUGGUGGGCUUCCCGUACACGCUCGGUCCCCAUCACCACCACCACCACCAUCACCAGCACGUCUACGAGCUCGCCAGCGGGCACCAGCUGCAGUCCGCUGCCGCCGUCCCCUUCUCUAUAGACGGAUUACUUAACGGCUCCUGCUCGGCCUCGGUGGUCAGCUCCAACCCGCUGCUCUCGUCCGACAGCCAGCAGUUCAAACUCUCAGUCUCUCCUCUUUCUCACUCACACACACACAUACACGCACUCACACACACACACUUGUACAAACACACACACACGUCGAUCAAUGCAGAUUCUGGGGACCCGGAUAAGGACAGUCCCGGUUGUAAACGGAGACGCACGCGGACGAAUUUCACCGGGUGGCAACUGGAGGAGCUCGAGAAGGCUUUCAACGAGAGUCACUAUCCGGAUGUGUUCAUGCGGGAGGCGCUCGCGCUCAGGCUUGACCUCGUGGAGUCCAGGGUUCAGGUUUGGUUCCAAAACCGACGUGCGAAAUGGAGAAAAAAGGAGAACACAAAGAAAGGACCGGGACGGCCUGCUCACAACUCCCACCCGACCACAUGCAGCGGCGAGCCCAUGGACCCCGAGGAGAUCGCACGCAGGGACCAAGAACGGGCCGAGAAGAAGAAACGAAAACAGGAGAGGAAGCUGCUGAAGUCACAGAACAAACUUCUCGCAGGUGACAGCUUCCACACACCUGGAGGUUCAGAGAGUGACAGCGGGGUCUCCCAGUUCACUGACAGCGAGCAGCAGUCUUCAAGCGUUAAUGGGACUAUUCACAUUGAACUGCCAGCAACAAAGGGCGCAGGAGGACACCAAACUGAAUCCAGCUGUGACCAAACACGACACGACUUCAGCCCACUACAAAACCACCAAAACCAAAGAACCACAGGAGAACCGGAGCAGGUUUCUCCAGGCAGCACGCACAGCUCCAGUCCUGGAGGCACGAGGUCCUCUGCCCUGCAGAAACGCAACCCCUUCAGCGUGGAGAGCCUCCUCUCUGACGCCACGCCUCGACGGAAAUCUCAGCUGGACUUCCCCUCGUUGCCCAGUCAGAGGACACUUGUGGGUAAAGGUCACUUCUUGCUUUACCCCAUUACCCAUCAGCCCCUGGGCUUUCUUGUGCCCCAAACAGCCUUGAAGGCCUCACCAUGUCAGGACAACAGCAUUAACAGGCUCAGCCUGGGACAGAGGUGUGUGUCAAGUGAAGGGAGCCCUGCUCCUUCUGACCUCUCCAGCUUUGUCACUAAGCCUCUAAACUCGGACCAUAUGGAGCAUAACACGCAGCAUCACCACAAUCACAUUAGCAAUAGAGUGGAUGGAACGGACAUGGAGGAGUGUGGUGGUGACUGCAGUAAUGGAAGAUUUCCUGUUUCCCCUCCACCAAACAGUGUGGCUCAGACGGCUCUGGCCCGGCUGAGCUCCACACAGUCCAGUGACAGUAGCGAGGAGAGGAGUCUGAAAGUUCGAACGGAGGCAGCGACCAACGGCUGCCAAGUUGCCGAGCUGUGUGUAAAAGAGAAGGGUGCAAGAGAGAAGCGAGCGUCUCCAGACCUCUCCGAACGUCUCAAGGCAAACACAGACUGUCAAGAAACACCCGGAACAGAUGGAGAGGAUGUCGAUAUGGACUAACACUUGCAAGGAGCAAACAUAAACAAAGGACCAGGAACACCGCUCAGACUAUUCAAACAUUCCCAAAGCUCUGCUGAGACACUCUAAAACAUAUCAGGAAUCAGGAGACUUAAUUCUCAUCUAUUUUUUAAUCAUAAUGUGUGAUCAAUCCAGAUGGCCUCCGAAAGCUGUGGCUGUCCUCAUAUUCAGGCUUUAGGCCUCAAACACCUUUUAGAAGCAGGUUCUUUCUCUCUCUUUUGGUGACCAACUUGUAACAAAAACUAGGCUACAAUAAAACAUCUUACACACAACAAAAAUCCUCAGAUAUUGUAAAAACGAGAAAAUGAUAUUUAUAUGUAAACAUUUUGAUAAAUAAAGUUAUUGUUUAAAUUGAA